AUGGAUAGUGAAGAUUAUUUACCUAGUGAAACCUCAAGUGAAACCUCAAGUGAAAUUUCUCUGAGUUGUGUGAAUAAUAAUAUUACACAUGUGAUGAAUGAUAUAUAUGCAGUAGAUGAUACGGAUGCUGUAGAUAAUACGGAUGCAGUAGAUAAUAUGAAUGCAGUAGAUAAUAUGGAUAAUACAAAUGCAAUGGAUGUGGUGAACAAUAAUCAAUUUAAAAAAAGAGGAGGUUCAAAGAAAAGAAGUUGG